AAUGUGCAAAAUAGCAAAACAUAUGUGAAUUAUCGAUAAAUGAAUGUUUCGGCUACGUUUGUUGUUUGCAAUUUAAUUUAUUUACGUUUGAAUUUGUGAAGUAAAAACAGUCCAUCAAUCAUGCCGUUGUAUGAGAGCGUAAUGCAGGAGAAGCCACCCAUUGUGCUGGACAUUGGCAACGCCUACACAAAGCUGGGCUUUGCAGCGGAAGCGUAUCCAAGAUUGAUCAUACCCACAGAGCUGGUGCUCACCACGACAGGAGAGACAAAGCAGCUCUUUGACUAUGUGGAAACGGAUCAGCUCUACGAUCAGCUUGUUGACUUUUUGCAAACGAUUUUCUUCAAACAUCUGCUCGUCAGUCCCAAGGAGCGCAAGUUCGUGCUGGUGGAGAACAUCUUUGGCCAGACUGUGAUUCGCGAGACGCUGGCACGCGCCUUGUUCAUGCACUUCGAUGUCUCCUCGGUGCUCUUCGUGCCAUCGCAUCUCACAGCGCUCUCAACGCUUGCGGUGAACACGGGCCUCGUCGUGGACAUUGGCUACAGCGAGACGACGGUUAUGCCCGUGUUCAGCGGAGUGCAAAUCAUGUCCGCCUUCAAGGAUCACAGCUUUGGCAGUCGCGCAGUGCACGCGGAGAUCAAGAGACAGCUGCUGGCAACAGGCGUCAAGGAGGCGCUGCUCACUGAGCCGGUGCUGGAAGACAUUAAGAUACGCACCUGCUUCGUAACGAGUCUGGAGCGUGCGCAGGCCAAGGAACCCCACGAGCCACCGCCCAGCGUCGCUUAUGCCAUCUGUGACGACGACGCUGUGAUUCAGAUACCGGGAACGCUGCGCGAGAGCGUUUACGAGCUGCUCUUCGAGCAGAGCAAUGAGCGUGACAGUUUGCCGCAUCUGGUGCUGCGUGCGAUCCUCGACUGCAAUCGCGACGUCCGCCGAGCGCUGAUCGAGAGCAUCUUUGUAAUUGGCGGCGGCAGCAUGGUCCAAGGUCUGUUGGCCCGGCUCAAGUCCGAGCUGCAGCUGCUGCUGGCCAGCGAUAAGUAUUAUGCCGAUCGCUUCCACGGCGAGCUGCAGUUCAAGUUCUACCACAGCAUCGGCAAGCAGAACUUCACAGCCUGGCUGGGCGGCGCUCUCUGCGGUGCCACCGAUCUCAUCCAGUCGCGAUCGCUCUCGAAGGAGGCGUAUCUGCGGCACGAACACGUUCCGGACUGGAGCAAUCUGUGCGACAAUCGAUUGAAUGGGAACUAG